CCGAAGACUGCAGGGAGCGAAGGGAGGUCGUCGAAGACAGAGUCUCACCGGUCCAGUACGAAAUAACUUAAAUUCACUCAUUUAUUUUUAUAUUAAGACAGUUAGGCAUCCCAUUUGUCGCUCCAGUAAUGGAAAACGAAAUUACACAGACGAGCAGUCAGACCCAGACCAGCUCGCUGUCCCCCCCGAACGGCAUGUCCCCCACCCCCGGGAAACACGGCAACCCCCCCAGCGCCCCCCGCUAUGGCAUUGUCAUCCCCAAUCGCAUCUUCGUGGGGGGCAUCGACUUCAAAACCAAUGAAAACGACCUGCGCAAGUUCUUCUCUCAUUACGGGGUGGUGAACGAGGUGAAGAUAGUCAACGACAGGGCCGGAGUCUCCAAAGGGUAUGGAUUUGUGACAUUUGAGACACAAGAGGAUGUGCAGAAGAUACUGCAGGAGGCUGAUAAGCUCAUCUUCAGAGAUAAAAAGCUGAAUGUCGGCCAGGCCAUCCGCAAACAGCAAGUGGGGAUCCCCUGUACUGUGACCCCCCCUGCCCCGGCCACCAUGUACUUCACCACCUCCACAGGGUACCCCUACACCUACCACAACGGAGUGGCAUACUUCCACGCCCCUGAAAUCACCUCGGUGCCACAGCACUGGCCUCCCCGCUCCAUCUCCAGCUCCCCCGUCAUGGUCACACACCAGGCUCAGACAGUAUUACAGCAGCCUGCUUGUCAUUACCAGGCUCCUUCCCAGUGUCUUCCAGGCCAGUGGCAGUGGAGUCUACCGCAGUCCCCAGCCCCGGCCGUGCCUGUUCUGUAUAUGCAGGCCCCCGAUAUCCUGUACCAGGAGCUGCUGCAGGAUGGUGGCUGUGCCCCCUCCACCCUGUCCAUGCUGGAGGCCACGGUCCCUGAGGCGUUCCCGGAGUACGGGGUGCAGCCAGCGUACCACCAGGUGUUCACACAGAGCCCCGUCUGCAUGCCGCAACCACCCAUCCUGCAGCAAGAACCAGUGAUGGAUCAGAGUCUGCACGCUAUGCACAGGGGGUUCUCACAGUCUCCCAUGGGGCUGAAGCCCCGCCUCACCCGCAGCUCGCACUACCACAGCUGCGGGGACUACCGGCCUGAAGAGUCCAUCCUCACCCCCUCAGCCAGCACUGACUCUGUCAACUAGAGCGGGAGGGCCUCCGAGCUGCUCCUUCACCACGCACACUGGGGUUCCACUGGUCAGGGGGUCCGUUAGGGGAGCUCAGACACUGCAGAGAAGGAGGUACAGAAAAGGAGGUGUAGGUAGCAAUCUCAUCACUCUUCAGCAAAACCUGUGUAUAAAGGCACCUGCUGUUAGCAGCUGCAGAAUCCGAGUGUAUGGGGUGAGUGACAGAGGCAUGCUCUUUAGUAACCUGUUUAAAACGGCCUGUACCAGGCGCUGGUCACUCCCUUUGGUGAUUGUUAAGUCAUGUUUCAUUGUUUCCAUGAAAAUGUGCUAGAAACCAACAACAAAAUUUGUGCUUAUGAAACUUUAUUAAA